GGGGAUCGCCAAUCCGCCAAUCUGCACUCCUGUGAUGACGUGUCGUGUAGCCAUUGGUCCACACUUCCUUUGUCGAGAAACUUAUAGAGAAGAAUCCGAUCAUGACCAGUCGAACAAACCUGCUGCUCAGCAUCAUCAAUUGGAGGCUUCUGUGGCUAUUGAUGAUGAGGAACCUGUGAUUGAAUCCAUGGAGUAUGUUGAGACCAAUAUUCCAAAAAAGCAGGAGACUCAGUUGGCUGCCAAUUUGGAUGAAAUGGCAAUGCAAGCUCCACAUAAAUCUCCUCAGAUUCUAUCUCACCUCCAGCCAGCACAUUUGAAAAUGGAGUCAAUUGAUAGGGCAUGGAAUCUGUUUAAUGAAAUGCUUGAGGGAAGUUUUUGGACUAAAAUUCUAAAUAUUUGUUUAGGAUGUGGGCAGGGCAUUUCAGGAAUGCCACUUAUACUUGUUUUCAGAGAUUGUUUCCACCAUGCUUCUCCUACUACUGUAGGAAAUCUUCUAAUGAGCUCAACUAUGGUGUUGGUCCUCGUUUUAGACUUCUAUUUUGCACCUAGAUAUGGGCAUAUAAUUGUGUUGGUUUCGAAAAGAACAGUAAAAGCUUUGAUGGAGAAGAAGUUGAAUCCAGAAAUUGAUUUUUAUGUUUUAUUGCAUCCUCAUGCCCCUAAUUCAAGCUCCAGGACUGACAACAACCAUCUAAAAGGAACAUUCAAAGAAGAUAUUAUUCUGAUGAUUGUUGGUGGCAAUUAUGGGAAAUUUGGUGGCUUGCAAGGGCUUAUAGAGCAUCAGCAGAAUCUUCACUCUGUUCUGGUGGCGGAGCUUCCCGAGCAUUUCCAUGUCGGCCCAAAAUUCACGGAGGCCCUAGAAGGCAUCUCAAUCGAGUUUCUUGAUGGCAACGGUGACGCUGUUGGAGAGAGUGACCUUGUAGACGAGUCAGAAGCUGCCGUCACCAAUUAUGAGAUCCGAUGAGAAGUUCUUGGUAACGGCGGCCAACUCGGGCAUGGAGAUCUGGUGGAGAGACAGGUCGAAGCUGGUGCUAUCGUAGAUCGAGAGAAAGGUGAGAUCGGGAGAGUUUGUGGUUGGGCGGGUAGGGACGAUCGAAUGGUUUGGGUGGUAGCUGCUGGGUGGUUUCCUGGAUUUGCAGAGGAGGAAAAAAAUAGCAAAGAGUAAA